UUUUUCGUCGCUUUAUGUGUAUUCGUCGUAGCUGUUUCGGUUGAAGUACCCCGUGAUGUAAAAGUGAACCUGGUAUCGGGUUCUUCGAUUAGCAUCUCUUGGGUUGGAGUGGAAGGUGCUUCUUCGUACACGCUCGAUAUUCAGCCUGCUCCGACGAUGUGGAACAAGCUGACGGUGAGUAGUGAUUAUGCGUUUAUUGACGGUCUGCUUGCGGGUGAGGAGUACGCGAUCCGUGUAGCUGCGACUGUAAAUAAUGUGCAGUCUGCUUUUUCUACGGAGGUGAAAGUGACUCCGUCGGGAGCGCCCAUCCUUGCUCCGGCUCCUCGUGUUCUUUCUUACGACGAGAGUUCCGUGACUCUGGGUCGCCGUCACAUGCAUCACUAUGGGAACGGUCACGAAUUAUCGAAAGUGAUCGUGGAGGUGUUGGAGGAAGGCGGUUCUUCCCGUGAGUUGGAGUUUGCUUACAAACUUCCUCUGAAAAUCAGCGGUCUCUCUGUGGGCAAGACGUAUUCCUUCGCUUGGCGUUUCGGGAACGGGAAAGGCGUUCAGGAAACGUACUCUCGCUUGAGCGUGCCGGUCACUCUGAAGCAGUCGACCAUUCCCGAUCCUCCUGAGCACAUCCACCUCCGUGUGGACGGAUCCUCUCUGUCGAUGCGUUGGCGCUACCUCCAAGCGACGGGCAAGCCCGUUCUCAAGUUCAACGUGCGCGUGAGCGACCUGCUUGGGCGCGUGCUGUUCGAGAAGGUGUCUUACAAGCCGCACGCGCAUUUCCGCGGGCUCCCUGCGGUGGAUGGCGUGCGUGCGGAGGUCAACGUGAUGACGGCUGGGGGUCUGAGCGCGUGGUCGCAGCCCGUGGUGUUCCGCGCGGAGGAUCCGUGGGUGGAGGUGAAGUCGGUGCGCGCGUUCGGGGAGUCGGCGUUGGUGCGUGUGAAUCUGACGGCGCCGGGGACGCUGCUGUGCUCGUACCACGCGCCGUCGAUCCGCCCCGCCUUCGUGGACCGUCCUGUGCGGCACGCGGGCGAGGCGCGCGUUCUGCUUGGCGGCCUGGAGCCCUCGACGCAGUACACGGUGGAGUGCUCGCUGAACGCGGGGAACCGCACGGUGCAGUCCGCGGGAAGGAGCUUCGAAACGGGCGAAGCGGCGGCGCGGCUGACGAUCACGGACGUGGAGCCGUUCGCGACGUUCGCGCGGAUCCGAGUGAAGAGCGACACGCCCGGCGAUGCGCUGUGUCUGCCGCAGCGGAGACGGUUUGGACGGCCGUCGCUCGCGGCGUUCGCGCGGCUGGCGAAGCGGUUUCAUAUAAAGAACCCGGGGGAGGAAGUGACGGUGGUAACGGAGAACCUGCAUCGGGGAAGCGGGUAUCGACUGCAGUGCAUGAUGGAACAUGAGUUGUACCGCGAAAUGGGGUAG